UGCAGAUAAUACAUUUCGAGAUGCGAAUACGAAUUCGAUAUAUUGAAAUAUUUCUUUUACUAUUUUUACAAAUUACUGUAAAUAUUGCUGCACAAAAAUUCUCCACUCUAUUGGAUGGCAGAAUAGUAGGUGGUCAAGAGACUAGCAUAGAAGAAGUACCGUAUUUGUUGAAUUUACGAAACAGUGGUCAAUUCAUCUGUGGCGGCUCAUUGGUAAGCGGACGUUGUGUGCUUACAGCUGCACACUGUGUCAAAGGCGUUCCAGCUUCGAGUCUAACGGUACACGCUGGCGCCAGUCGACUGUCGGAUCUGGGUGUGACACGUCAAGUAGAACAGCAUUUCGUAUCACCGUUCUACUCAACCGCCACUUUGGACAUGGAUGUGGCAAUAUUGAAAUUGAAAGAUGCUCUUAGUGGACCAAGCAUUACUACAAUUGGUCUUUGUAAUAAAAGUCCCAGUAGUGAUCAGUUUGUAAAAAUUUCUGGUUGGGGCAUUACGAACGAGUUUAAUGAGCGGCCAUCCGAUCAGGUGCGUACGACACAUGUGCGCGUUGUAGCCAAGAGUGAUUGUAUGCAAGCAUAUUUGGGUAAGGCGCUGCUAACGAGUACAAUGCUCUGCGCGACUAUACCGGGAGAAAAAGAUUCCUGCUCUGGCGAUUCUGGCGGGCCGUUGGUCUACGACGGCCGCGUUUGUGGCAUUGUUUCGUGGGGAUUUGGAUGUGGACGCAAAGAAUACCCUGGAGUGUACACAAAUGUAGCGAGCCGACGAGUAAACGCUUUCGUAAAACAAAUUUUGAUGCAACACUGCCUUUAAUAUUUUUUACUUUCGA